GGGACACGGUGCGGGAGUGCGGGAGCGCGGGGCGCGGGGCCGAGGAGGUGGCCUGGCUGACGAACCCCAGAGCGCUGACCCAGAAACACCGCGCGUGAGACCGGAGUGCUGCGGGCCUGCGCGCGUGCCCCGGCGGUGGCGGUAGCGGCGGCGGCUCUCACCUACUUCCUCUGACAGCCGCCGGAGAAGAUGGUGGAGCACCUGGCCAACACCGAGAUCAACAGCCAGCGCAUCGCCGAAGUGGAGAGCUGCUUCGGGGCGUCGGGGCAGCCGCUGGCGCUGCCGGGCCGCGUGCUGCUGGGCGAGGGCGUGCUGACCAAGGAGUGCCGCAAGAAGGCCAAGCCCCGCAUCUUCUUCCUGUUCAGCGACAUCCUGGUCUACGGCAGCAUCGUGCUCAGCAAGCGCAAGUACCGCAGCCAGCACAUCAUCCCGCUGGAGGAGGUGACGCUGGAGCCGCUGCCGGAGACCCUGCAGGCCAAGAACCGCUGGAUGAUCAGGACCGCCAAGAAGUCCUUCGUGGUGUCGGCCGCCUCGGCCACGGAGCGCCAGGAGUGGAUCAGCCACAUCGAGGAGUGCGUGCGGCGGCAGCUGCUGGCCACGGGCCGGCCGCCCAGCACGGAGCACGCGGCGCCCUGGAUCCCCGACAAGGCCACCGACAUCUGCAUGCGCUGCACGCAGACGCGCUUCUCGGCGCUCACGCGGCGCCACCACUGCCGCCAGUGCGGCUUCGUGGUCUGCGCCGAGUGCUCCCGCGCGCGCUUCCUGCUGCCGCGCCUGUCCCCCAAGCCCCUGCGCGUCUGCAGCCUCUGCUACCGCCAGCUGGCCGCCCAGAAGCGCAGGGAGGAAGAGGAGGAGGAGGGCGAGGGCCAGGGUGCGGGGUCCCCGCCCAGCGCCGGCUGCGGAGCGUCCAGCGGCGACGACGAGGACUCGGACGAGGACCGGGAGGGCAGCGGGGAUGGCGACUGGCCCAGCCGCGUGAGGUUCUACGACUCGGGCGUCUCCUGGUCCUCCUUCCACAGCUGACCCCGGCGGCAGGCCAAGGGCCGGCUCGCUGCUCACUGCCCUGUCACACAGCC